UCAUCACCAAGUGACAGCAAGGAAAGAGUGCGCCUUGGGACAUAAGGGUGAUCCAUUUUUUUUCAUGGCGGAGAUGGAGGCCGGCUCGACUUUGGGAGCAACGGAGGUUGAGGCGGCUGUUGUGACCUCAACCGCGGCGCCUAAUGCUCCGGUGCCCCUUCCCAUCUGCGUCGAGCUGCCUUCUUUUCAGGCGGCGCGAGCACUGGCGGAGAACCGCUACUCUUGCCUUGUGGUGGUGCCGCACCGGAGGCAUAUCGCGCUCCCGCCGCGCUUCCUGAAUCGCAAACGGACAGGGAUUUGCGCGCAGUUAGAUGCUGAACUGCGCCGUUACUCAGAUAGUUUUCAAGGAGUUCCUGUGGCUUAUGAUGAUAUUAAAAUAACUAAAGAACUGGGUGACAUAAUUGAUGACAUUGGGGCCAUCCAUCUGGAUAUAGAAGCUACUUUUGUUGUCUUUCAGCCCAAGCCAGGGAAAAAACUCGUGGGUAUAAUUAAUAAAGUGGCACCUAGCCAUAUUGGCUGUCUGGUUCAUGAAUGUUUCAAUGCUUCUAUCCCCAAACCAGAUCACAUAUCAAUAGAAGAAUGGAAAAACUUUGGUUUUCAAAUAGGCAUUAGACUGGUAUUUAAGGUGCUGCAUUUUGAUUCAGACGCUGCUGGAGUAUUCUGCAUUCGAGGAAAAUUGUGUAAAAACAGUCUUGGAGAAGAGAUGCUGAAGGAAAAAUGCAAGAAAAAAUACGAAAAACAUUGUGAUGUACAUAUUGGCUCAGAGGAGAUGGAAGUUGAUAUAUCAAGUGUUGGGAUAGAAGACAGAGAAAUGAAUAAUGGUGAUGAUGAAGAUGAUCAUGGUAUAUAUGAUAAGCCUGAGACAGAGAAUGGGCAAGAUGGAGCAGAGGUGGGAAUGCAUGCCAGUGACUCCAGUGGUUACCAUAGUGAUCAUGGUAAAUCUAAGAAAAAGAAAAGAAAACUUUUUGAGGAGGAAAAUGGACACUCUGGUUUGUUAAAAUCUAAAGCUAAAAAGAAGAGAAAAGAGUGAAAAUGUCUGAAUAAUACCAAUGUGCCUUACCUGUGUUUGGAACUCUUCUGUCAGUAAUAUUUUGACAUUUUUAUUUCAUUUUAGCAUCUCUAAUUAAUGUCUGAAGAAUUCCAUUGUAGAUGCUGGACUUCAAUAAUGCCUAAAAUAAUAUGAGAAAAGACAUUUAUGUUAUUGUCUAGCUUUUAACUAGCAGUGUAUUUAAAGUUUUAGAGAAAAAAAGUCCAAAUCCUAAAUUAAGUUCUUUCUCUGAGCUAUAUAUUUAGUUUUGAAUAUUUGUUUUCAGAGUGAUAUUAAAGAACCUUCCUGAAAAAUUACUAUAUGAGAACUUAUUUGUACUCCGUGUUAAAAUCACAAUAACUUUCAAGACUUCUUUUAUGCCAACACAGUGAAGGAGAAAUUGAUCCCUUAAUUAUGGAUGUAUAUAUAUUAGGAGUGGGACCUGGGUUUUCUAAUUUGGUGCCUUGAACUUCAGCAUACCUACCUGGAUGCCACUAGGUUCUGUCACCACCUUAUGAUAAGCAAGCAAUUUGCCAUAUUGAAAACAAAAGUUCCAGAUCCAAGUAUCAUCUUUAUAUACAAGGGUGGUUUGGGGCUCAAAUAGAUCCAUUAGCUUUAUUUAAAAAUAAAAAGAGUGGAAGGCUUUAUCCGUAGACCUUGUUUAAAAGUUUCCAUUACUACAAGAAAAUGUUUUGUAGUUAUGUUCUUUAGUAGUCCUGCCAUUUCAAUUGCUAUUUUGUGAAAAUCCUCACGUCUCAAAUUUUUAAUACAGCCACAAGUUUGAAAAGAAAUAGUAAUAGUCUUUUAAAAGUAUUCUAUUAUUAUGAAUACCUUUGAAAAUUAUUCUUAAUAAUAUAAAUUUCCAUCUAUUUCUGUAAUGAAAGAUCGGAGGAAUUGAGAUUCUGCUUCUGAGGAAAGUUAAUUGAUGGUAACAAUACAAUUUUUAAUGGUUUUAUAAAUUAUCACACAGAUAAAUCUAUACAUUUUGUAGAAUUUUUUCAGACAGGACUCUAAUCAAUGGGUUUAAAAAUAUAUAUAUAUUUAUCUUAAAUGUUGGAUAAUCUUUCCUACAAAGUGUUUAAAAUAGUAGAAUGUAACAUCUUGGAAGAAAGUAGAUAUACCUUCAUUAAAUGUUUAAAAAAACUAGAUAGCCACUUAGGAGUUCUUGUACCAAAAACUUAAAAUACUAUGACCCGUAGUAUGAAUCAUAUAUAGGAACACUUGUACUGUGGGUAUUUGUGUUUUUGAAUCAUUUUAAUAGAAAAAUGUUUUUUAAAAAGAAUCCACUUCUUUCAGGCCACUUCUAGGAGACUGGUAUAAACCAGUUUUGUCCUCUUUGAGAUUCAUUAAGUAUACAAAGUGAUAGAUUCAGCUGUGCGGUUCAACUGUGCAGUUGAAUUCAUACGCCAUUGACUGAUGAUUAUGCACCAUAUCAUAAUUGGGCAAGCAAUGGUUUUUCACCCUAGGAAAUGAAAGUUGGGUUUUGAAGAAACAGGAUAGAAAUAACAUUGAUUUUGAAAUUGGUAUUGGAGAAGACUUCUGAGAAUGUCAUGGAGAGCCCAGGAAACAAAUAAAUGGGUGGUAACAGAGUCACAAAUUAUUGUUUUGAACAUAGAUAUAUACUGUCUCCUAGUGGUCAAUAUAUAUAUAUAAAUACCAAGUAAGAUCUUCACUGUUUAAAGACAGGGAAAAUCCCCUCCUUCCAAUCUAUGGCAGGAAGUAGGUCUAUGGAUAAGUAGGUCAGGUUAAACCUUGCAUGUUAAGAAUAUAAUGUAAUGUAACAUUCAUAAUUGGUCAGAAAACUUUAAAAAAGGAAGAGAGACUUACCAGUCAUGCCAGUUAAGUGACUGGGCCAGUCACUCACUCUUAGCUCAAGUCACUAUAUAGGAUUGUUGUAGGAAAAAUAGGAGAAAAGAGUAUUAGGUAUUUUCACUGUUUUGAGUUAUUUAUAAAAGUAUAAUAUAGGCGGGAUUAAAAAAUCUUUAAAAAGUCUAAAUAUAGAUACUUUCUAUAGGAUAAAUAUUAAGUGUUCUUUUUUAUACAAGAAAAAAGCUCAGCUGGAUCAGAUGAACAACUAUUUUAGUCUGUUACUUCACAUUGUCAACACAGGGUGCUCACAAGCCGAAGUUAGAGGCUUGAUUUGUGCAUUAAAAUAUUAAAUAUGCAAUGUAGACAUUUUCCUGCCAAAGGAAUGCUGUUGGCUGCCAUCUAAAAUGACCCAGAGUUUAUAUUUUUAUUGUUACCAUGGGUUUAAAACUUCAGAAUGAGCAGAAUCCAAUCAGUUGGAUGUAAACCUCUGUGAAAACACUUGAAUGAACUAUAUAUCAACUUCAACCAUAACUGUGAGAUUAUAGUCCAUUGUGGAAAAAAAGAAAUUAUGAUUUCUCAGUUCCAUGUAAAAUUGAUGACUGAAACGUGGCAACUCAACUGAGGGUUGGUGUUAAUGUGAAAUAAAUGGCUUUUAAAUGAAAAAAGAUGCUUUUCACAGUGUAAGGUGGAUUUGUGAUUAAAGGGGAAAAAUACCUGGCAAUCUCAGUGGAAAAGUAUAGAAAUCCAGCUUUUACCUCCCUUACUAUAUAAUCGGGGGGGGGGGUUCACUUUCUUUGUUCACUUCUGUGUUUAAUGGUCUGCAGCACUGCUGACUGCACAUUCCAUUGAAUCCCAAGUGGGAAGUCCUCCAAGGCCUUGUUUUUCUUCGAGAUCAGCAAUGGUGGACAUCUUUUCCCUAUUUUCACAAUAUCUUCCUACCCCACCCAUCCUUGCAAAUAAAUUGGAACACAAAUUCAGAAGAGACACAUACAAUGGACUAUUAUAUCUCUAAACUGUCUGAAUAUCACAGGAUGAAAAUAAACUUCAGAAAUAAUUAAGCAAAACUAGAAUGCUACAAACAACAAAUAGGAAAUAAUAAAGAUUUGCCAAAAUUAGUAGUAUUAGUAUUUAAAUCCUAAUCCAAACAUGAAUAAAAGGAGAAAGGAAGUUGAGAAAUUUGGCAAGGAUCAUGCUCCAAAUUGAACUGCUAUAUGUUCCAUUGAUUUAAACACUUAGAUCAGGGUGUCAAACUGGAACCGGAUGUGUCAUGUGCCCAUCCUGGCUCUGUAAAGGCAAAAAAAAAUAUGUCAUGAUACAUCAGUGACGAGAUCAAGUUUGACACCUGUGACUUAGUCAUUUAUUCAGUAAUAACCUAUCACUUGCAUAUUGACAAGACUAAAUUAAGUGGGAUUACUUUGAUGAGAGAAAGCUUUUACAAUAAGGAUCAAUAUGAUAUCCUGUUAGAGCCUAGAUGAAGAACAUUAUUUUUAAAACAAUUAGGCUUCUUUAAUCAUGGCUCAUCAGUUUUGAUUACAUUAAUUUAUAACACAGGUCCCCAAUCUUUCUGACUCCAUGGAUUGGCAGUGGUGAUGGAGGUGGGGAGAUGUUUUGUAUACGCAAUCUAUACCCUGCACAUGUGCAAAUGAAGCUACCAUGCCCACCCAACAGGCUACAUACCGAUACAAUAAAACUAUUUCAUAAACAAUUAAAUGCUCCAGCUAAACAAAUUCAUAUAUUUUAAUAAUCAGAACUUAAUGUUCUUGCUUUACUGGCCAUAACUAACUGGCCAUAAUUAAAAUUUCUACUUAUUACAGAAAAAACAUACAGUAUAUUGUUCAUCUUCAUCAAGAAUUAAUUCCCAAUUAGUGAUAGAGAAUUAUACUUAAUCUCAGUAAACGUGUAGAAACUUCUAGCCUUAAUUUUUUUUACAGCUAUAAUUAUGUUUUUAAAAUUACCAAAAAUGUUUACGAUAUAAUUCUCAAGAAUAGAAUAGAAUAGAAUUUUAUUGGCCAAGUGUGAUUGGACACACAAGGAAUUUGUCUUGGUGCAUAUGCUCUCAGUGUACAUAAAAGAAAAGAUACCUUCAUCAAGGUACAACAGUUACAAUACUUAAUGAUGGUCAUAGGGUACAAAUUUAACACUUAAUGAUACAACACUAUCAUAAAGAUUACCAGCAACAAAGUUACAGUCAUACAGUCAAGUGGAAGGAGAUGGGUGAUGGGAACGAUGAGAAGAUUAAUAGUGCAGAUUUAGUAAAUAGUUUGACAGUAUUGAGGGAAUUAUUUGUUUAGCAGAGUGAUGGCGUUCGGAGAAAAACUGUUCUUGGGUCUAGUUGUUUUGGUGUGCAGUGUUCUAUAGCGUCGUUUUGAGGGUAGAAGUUGAAACAGUUCAUGUACAAGAUGUGAGGGAUCUGUAAAUAUUUUCAUGGCCCUCUUCUUGAUUCGUGCAGUAUACAAGUCCAGUGGAAGGCAGGUUGGUAGCAAUUAUUUUUUCUGCAGUUCUAAUGAUCCUCUGAAGUCUGUUUCUGUCUUGUUGGGUUGCAGAACCAAAUCAGACAGUUAUAGAGGUGCAAAUGACAGACUCAAUAAUUCCUCUGUAGAACUGAAUCAGCAGCUCCUUGGGCAGUUUGAGCUUCCUGAGUUGGCGCAGAAAGAACAUUCUUUGUUGUCCUUUUUUGAUGAUGUUUUUGAUGUUAGUUGUCCAUUUUAGAUCUUGCAAUAUGGUAGAACCUAGAAAUUUGAAGGUUUCUACUGUUGAUACUGUGUUGUCUAGUAUUGUGAGAGGUGGAAGUAUUUCUAUGGUCUUGAGUGUGUUCAGUUCCGGAUUGUUUUGGUCGCACCACAAGGCUAGUCGUUCAACCUCCCGUCUGUAUGCGGAUUAAUCAUUGUCUCGAAUGAGACUGAUCACUGUUAUGUCAUCUGCAAACUUCAAUAGUUUAAUAGAUGGAUCGUUAGAGAUGCAGUCAUUGGUAUACAGAGAGAAGAGAAGUGGAGAGCACACAGCCUUGGAGGGCCCCUGUGCUAAUUGUACAGGUAUCUGAAGUGAUCCCGCUUAGCUUUACCUGCUGCGUCCUGUUUGUUAGGAAGCUUGUGAUCCACUUACAAGUCUGUUCAGGUACCUGCAGCUGGUUUAGCUUAGUCAGAAGAGUGUCUGGAAUGAUGGUAUUGAAUGAUGAACUGAAGUCUACAAAGAGGACCCUUGCUUGAGUCUUUGGAGACUCAAGAUGUUGUAGGAUGUAGUGCAGAGCCAUAUUAACAGCAUCAUCUGUUGAUCUAUUUGGUCGGUAUGAAAAUUGCAAGGGGUCUAACAGCAGAUCCAUGAUGGUUUUCAAGUGGGACAGCACUAAUUCUCAAGAGGGAAAUACGGAAUGUAAAUAAUGUUUUAUAUAGGAUAAGAACAAAAAAAAGAGGAAACUUUCUGAAUUUUGGGACCAUGUUCUGGAAUUCUUUGAGAAUUACUUUCUUUUAGAGGAAUCACCUAUCAUAAAAUAACUCCUUUUCAGAGGUUCCAUGCUGUUCCAGUUUGCUAUUGUCCUAGAAUGAGGAGACAGAUGGGCAUACUUCCAAAUAUUGGGAGGUAGCUACGAAAUGUUUUUUAAAAAAUCUAGAAGUAUCUGUAUGACUUCAUAUCACUUCCAUAAAUAGUAUUUUGUAGCAAUAUUUUAAAAAAUCAUGAGCAGCAGAGAGCAUGAUGGAUCCUAGCUUCCUAUUUCCGGGCUUCAUUGUGAUAUUUGAAUGUUUCCCAUUUCAUUAUUUCUGUUAUAUGCCUCAUUUCAGAUUCUUUAUUUGAUUCCUUGAACUGGAAAUGACAAAAAAUCUCCCUAUGGGACAUUCUGAUGAAGAAUGGUUCCUCUCCCAAGAAGUAGGCAAGCUUAUUGUAUUUACUUAAAUUUUUCUAGCAGAAAUUUUUAAAAUGCUUUUAGGAUUUAUUUCAUUUUGAAACUUUCUCAAAAUAUUUUUGUAUAGGGGAACCCCGUCCUCAAACUAUUUUUACUUAUUAUCCAGUAUCUAUAAGAAUGUCAAACCAUGUGUAUUCAAAUCUUCUAAAAGACUGCUUUAUUUUGCUUUUCUAUAAUGCCACAGGGUGGAGUAUUGUUUUAUAUAUUGAUAAUAGAUCUUAUGCUUACAUAAUAACAAUUGUGAAAAAGUCAUCAGAAGUUUUUCAUUUAAAAGCCACAUAAAAAUGAAAUGACUUUUUCUGUACACCUAGUAUGUAGAAGAGGUGUAAGCUGGUAAAGCCUAUUAUUAAGAACACAGUAGCCUGCAAUUACUGCAGGUUCGAGCCCGGCCCAAGGUUGACUCAGCCUUCCAUCCUUUAUAAGGUAGGUAAAAUGAGGACCCAGAUUGUUGGGGGGGCAAUAAGUUGACUUUGUAAAAAAAAAAAUAUACAAAAUAGAAUGAGACUAUUGCCUUAUACACUGUAAGCUGCCCUGAGUCUUCGGAGAAGGGCGGGGUAUAAAUGUAAACAAAAAAAAAAGAAAGAAAUAGGAAGCCAAUUACAUUAACCUUUUCUAGGAAAAAAACAGAACUAAAAUAAUUACAUCACCUUUAUUUACACCUCUGUUUCUGUUCUUGCAAAUCAUUCUUAAAGUAUUCUCACUAAAAUCAUUGCUUCUUGUCUUAUUUGUUUUUAAAACUUUUCACCCUACUAUUUCUCAAAAUCUCAACCUUAUCUAAACAGUGCAAUAGUCUUUUCUUAAUUUUGAACAUUUAAUCUUUUUCAUAUGUGGUCCUCAUUCAUUUUUUUUAUUUGCCACAAACUAUGUAUAUGCUUCUAUACUCUUCACUGAUUUUUAUAAUCAGCUUUCAUUUAUUAAUAUCUAUUCAUUCUGGAUCCCAUUUCUUCUUCUUUUUUAAUCAUACACCUCCGUCUUAAGCAUCCCAUUUUUCCUGUAUUCAACUCAGUGUUUAUAUUUCUCUGAACAUAAACUCUUAUUUCCAUGCAGCAAAACUGGCAGUAAUAUGCUCUUGUGCACUGCCGUUUUUUUUUUAUUAUUAUUUUAACAAAUGCCUUACAACAUCCACUCAUAUCUUUUUACUAGCUUCCUCUAUCCAUUCUCUUAACUUCAGUAAUCAUUCUACCAAGGUAUCAUAAUAGCAAUAGCAAUAGCAUUUAGACUUACAUACUCCUUCAUAGUGCUUUUACAUCCCUUUCUCAGCAGUUUACAGAGUCACCAUAUUGCCCCCAACAAUCUAGGUCCUAAUAAUUCUACUUGCUCUCCCUUUUUGCCAUAUAUUUAUAACCUGCCACUGUUCACCCGACUUUCCUUAUCAUCCUUGGUUUUAGAUUAAUUGAUUUUCAGAUAAAUACUGUAUCAUUGCAUACAAUCUUUGAGAAAAAUAUUUUGUAUUGUCUAGUAAUAACGUAGAAUCAUUGCUGUAUAAAAGUACAUAUAUGUUUGUCUCCAGCUACUUGUGAUAUCAUCAAAAGCAUUUUUUAUUCAUUAAUACAUGAAACUACUAUGGUAAAAUAUGUGUUCUUAUUUCACACCUAUUUAAUGUUAACUGAUUGGCUGGAUAUUCUAUUUUGUCUCACACAUGUUUGAUUUCUGUCAUACUGCUCUUACUGCAUCUAGCAACCAAUUUUCAACUGAAUCAUUAUAGCAAAACUUCUAUAAUUCAAGCCAAUUCACUUUGUCAUAUGCUUUCUCUAAAUCAAAAAAUAUACAGUAAACUUUCUCAUUUUCAUAUAUUUGUAAAUAAUGUGAAGAGAAAAAUAUUUUGUCUGGUGAAAAAGAGCAUUCCUUUUGCCAAAAUUUAGGUCAUUCAUACUUGAUAAAACUUUUCAGCAGCCUUCACAAAUUAAUCCCACUUUAGUUUGCUAACUUUUUCCUAUUAUAAGGCAUUGAUGUAGUUUUGACACGUAUUAUACAAGUGGCAUAGCAACUGUAUGGGCAACAAUUAUACUUUAAUAUUUAAAUUAGAUGUCUUUUUCUUUUUUUUCUGCUGUUCCAUAACAUGCUUCUCUCCAGCAUUCCACAAAACAUUAUUUAUUUCCCAUAAGCAUUAUUCUCACAUAAUGGCAUUCUGCACAAAGUCUUUCUAACCUGUUCCAAGUAGCUUUAUAUCUAUGAGACAUCAAUCUAUUAUUUAGAUUAAUUAAGUUCUUGUUGCCCUCUCAGCUUGAUUACCUUUUUUUUCCUGCAGACAUUUCAUUACCAGGCUAGAUAACAUCAUCCGUUCAUAGGAGAAGAAUAUUUGCUGAUUGUUAGUGUUUAUUAGCUUGCCUUACCAGUCUUGAUUGGAGUGUAGUUUUUUCCUUGAUAGUUGCUUGGAUAUAGUUUCCUCCCUGAUUGUUUAUUUGGAUGUUGGCUGCUAUGAGUGAUGUUUGUUUUCUUACUUGAUUUUUGAUGCUAUGUUUUAAAUGGCAUGUGUAUGGAGUUUAUUUCUAUGUGUCUGUUGAUAGUUGAUUUAGUGCAUUGUCAAGCCUCCAAAAAUUCCCUAGCAUUUUAUGGAUUUGGCUUGGUCAAAAAUGCCAGUUUCUCUGCUACAAUUGUGAAGAGAGUUUAAGGAAUUUAUAUCCUGUUUUCUGACUGCUAGCUGAUAUUCAUGGA